AUGGAAAAUCUAACGCAAGCCGGCUACGACGUCCCACCCGGUGCUGAAUGGUUACCCAUCCACGAUUCCCUGAUCUGUGAAACUUAUCGUGCUUUCACAGUCAAUAAAACUACCAUUGUGCCCCAAGAGGAUAUGUAUACGUACGGCUACUCGCUGGACGGCUUUUUCUCCAGCUUCUUCACCGCGGGCUCGGUGAGUUGGCACAUGGACGCUAACACCGGCGCCAUGACUUACAAUAGCUCGACGGUCUCUGAGGGCUUCUACAAUUCCGGCAAGGCGACUUUUCAGUCUGUAGACGGCAUCUUCGCCAACAUGUCGAGAAGCAUGACGACGUAUAUCCGGGGUCACGGUGACGACGGUUACUCCACACCAGCAUCGGGCGACGUCGUCACGACCCUCACGUGUAUCCGGGUGCGCUGGGGUCUGAUUGCAUAUCCGGCGGCCUUGGCAGCCGUGACCAUUGCUUUCUUCGUAGCGUUGGCGGUUCAGGACGGUAUGCCCAGCGGGAGCGGCGCGGGUCUGGACCACGAGUUGAAAGGAAACCCGCUCGCCUUGCUGUUUUGUGGAUUCGAUGACAGGACGGCGAGGCGAGCAGAGUCGAGGCCCUAUCGGGCAGUGUGGGCACAACGAAGCUUGUGA